AUGCAAACAACAGAAACAGUUACACCAUCAGACAUUGAAUUAGAUCAGAAGAAAAAUGAUCAAUUAGCAGUAAACAAAGAUAAAAAAAGAUCGUCAAAAAAUGAUGAUGAAAAACCACCACCUUAUCAUCGACUUCACGAAGAAAAUCAAUAUUCUGACUUACAAUUUCAAGAGCAACAGGUCAAAGUACCCGUUUAUGCCAUUAUUUUAGCUAUUGCUCUCUUUCUGAUUGGUUCUGUGAUGAUUAUACUAGGCGCGUUAAUGUUAACUGGUCGCAUAGAAACACAAUAUAGCGAUCGUACAUGGCCAUUAAUACUUGUAGGAUCAUUGGUUUUUCUACCUGGUUUUUAUCAUUUACGUAUUGCUUAUUGGGCAUGGAAAGGAGAUCGAAAUUUCUCAUUUUCUGAUAUACCGGAUCUUGAUUGUAUUAAUUUUCGUUUAAAAAUGGGUAAUAUAUGUUCAUGGUGUUUUAAAACUGAAGAUGAUUCACAAAUGAAUAAUAAUGCUGAUAAUCAUUCGGAGAUUAUUAACUCACAACGUCAAUCAUCUACGUCCAAAGUUAAUGAUCGAACACCACUUUUAAGUAAAUCUGGUAAUCAUAAUAAUCAUUCAAUAACACCGAUACUUCAGAAUUCACAAUCAAAUGGUGAAGUAUUACCAGCAACACAACUUUUACAACCACCUGUAAUUAAUGAAACUAGAACAGAAACUAAAACAAUAAAUGAAACAGCUGAAAACAAAAUGGCAUCGAUUGUUGAAGGGAUGUUAUCAAAAUUAAUUGAUGUUAGUAAUAGUGGAUCUAAUAUGCAUCAAACAAAUACAAAUACAAAUGGAUUAAAUACAGAAAAUGAUUAUUUAAGACAAUUAUUAACAACAUCUUUAUCAUCAACAAAAAUCUUAGCAAUACCAGAUGCUGGUUUAAAUAAUCUUCCAUCAUUACUUUCUGGACGACCAAUAUCAUCUGAUAUAUGUCAUUUUGUCGCUCAUACAGCUGGUGAAUUAUCAAGUUUAUUAAUUAAUGAAAUAAAGAUAAUACAUAAAGAACAACUUGUUGUUGUCUUCGAGUAA